GGUUGGUGGUGAUUCAGGGGUUGCGGUCGUAUGCAUAUGACGAUUGAUGCGCGAGUUCGCCGAAGAACACCGUAAACGAAGGACAGAGGAACCGACACGAUAUAACGAGAACGUCUCGAAAUGCAGUCGCAGCUACCACCUAGACAUCAGGUCUCCGAGAACGGCUCUGAGCGCUCCAUCACCAUCAGAAACUGGAAAGUAAAGUCGCGGAAACUCCCUAUCCUCUCCUCGAAAGAGAUCGACGACGCGAAUUCUCGCCUUGGCAUACCUAUCCCCGAGAUGAUUUUCGGCAAUAACGAAGUACGGAUAGAGCAUGCCUCGGGCUGGGCGAUCAAGUUUGAUGCGCUUGACGCGCUGGAUAUGGUGGAUAAGACUGGCGAGACAAUGUUGAAGGUUGCGUACUCUCAGGAAUGGAAUCAGAGCAGGGAUACGAGUAGUGGGGAUAUCAAGGAUGUGGUGAAGCCAUAUGAUUGGACUUAUACAACUUCAUAUAAGGGUACGGUGGUUGAGGGUAGCCAGCCAUUCAGCGCCACAUCGGACAACAUCCCGCUGGACAAGCUAAAACAGCCAGACCCGAUCCUAUUCUACGAUGAAGCGGAUCUGUACGAAGACGAGCUACACGACAACGGCGCAUCUCUACUGAACGUACGAGUGCGUGUCAUGCCGCAACGAAUGCUGCUAUUAGCGAGGUUAUUUAUGCGUUUGGACGGGGUUGUAUGCAGGAUUCGUGAUACGAGAGUAUAUGUUGACUUUGAGACGGAUGAUGUAUUAAGAGAAUAUACGGCCAAAGAAGGAAGUUAUGAUGACGUGAAGAGGAGAGUACCCCCAUGGAAGGCGGAGGAGACGGGAGUGUUAAUGAAUGAUCCGAUGUGGGUUGCGGAGCAGUUGAAGGUUGUGGAGAACAUAAAGGAGACCGUGCGUCUCUAGGUCUUGAGAUAGUCAUGGGGGUGCAGAGAAUGCGAUGCUCGGUUGCUGUCGGCCCUAUGAUCUGGUCACACUGCCCACAUCGGUGAAUCCGACGAGCUAGGUACGCAUGUCAUUUCUUCAGCACAAUCAAAUACUCAAUGAGCGAAUAUACUCAAAUUGAUCCUUAACAUAAUUCUAAACGGUCAAUGCCAUCUCCUUGUCGCAACUGCAUCUUGACGGUUAAAGGUCUUAUCCGCGCGUCUCGACCCGAUACGGUAAUCUUAUUAUGACAUCCCGU